AUGGCCGCUCGAGUUCCCGCGACGCAAGUCAUUGGGGUGCUCCUCAUGGCGCUGCUGCUGCGGCCACAAUGCUCCCUUGCCCAAGGCGAGUCCUCGCACCACUCGAUUAAAGGCGUGGCGCUCAUGAGGGGCGCGUCAGGGGAGCUGGCCCCGCAGAGUGCAACAAUAGCGGCUGCCACGUCAUCACAAACGAACACCUUCGAUCCUGCAAUGGCGGACGCCGUGGCGACGGAGGCGGCGGCGGCGGCGAAGCGGUCGCGCGCGCCGCUGCGAUACAGUCGCAAGGAGGUGAUUUCGUCGUUCAACAAGGCGGCGCACCUCUUGCGACUCUCCGCGAAUAGCUUGACGCAAACGUCCCCGCAUUUCUCUCGCCUGUUCACGGCAAUGCAAGCCUCCCGCAACGCGGUGGCGCUGGUGGAGAUGGGAAAGCGGAAGUACAACCUCGCAGAACCCCAAAUGCUCAACGGCAUUCUCCUCGUGAAGCAGGAGAUUCCCAAGAUCGAGUCUGCGCAGCUGGCUGUGGAGCUGGGUUCUAGGAGGCUGUUGGCGACAGGCGAGCCGCUUACCUCUAGGUUCGAACCGCGUAGGUCGCGGACCGUUAGUCCGAGGCGCACACAAUUGGCGACCCGAGCAGCCGUGGACACGUCACCUCCUUCCACCGGCCUCCGCGGGAGCAGCAGCAGCAACCGCCGGUCACGUGGCAUCCCCACUGGUGGGAAUGGCGCCGCGAUUUCCAAUAACGGGUCGGCCACGCGAUUCGCGCCAGGAGCGCCGUUGAAGCGACCGUUGGAGCGGCCGAGAGACAGAGUCUUCGAGGAAGACCCGGCGGAAGAAGCCGCCGCUGCGCGCCGCGCGAUCGGCGCGCCGCUGUACAACGCGCAGGGACUCUCGAAAUUCUACUCGAAGCGACCGUUAGAAGUAGUCGGUCGAGCGCUGCGCGUCACGACAGCGCUCGGCUCGGUCGCCAUCUCGGUCCUGAUCGACCGGCAGCGCGGCCAGCUAGACGCCAACAUGCCGCGCCGAGCCUCACAGCUUCGGCGCGCGCUGACGAGCCUGGGCCCCACGUUCGUGAAGCUAGGUCAGGCGCUCUCCACCCGCCCGGACCUGUGCCCGCCAGCGUAUUUGGACGAGCUGGCGCUGCUGCAGGACGCGUUGCCGACGUUCCCCGAUGCAGAGGCGUUUGCGUGCAUAGAGGGCGAGCUGGGUCGACAGAUGGAAACCAUGUUCGAGUCCAUCAGCCCGUCUCCCAUCGCCGCUGCUAGCCUUGGCCAGGUGUACAAGGCGCGUCUCAUUGGAGGAACCGAAGUGGCAGUGAAGGUGCAGCGCCCGGGCAUCACAACAGCCAUCGGGCUGGACUUUCUGCUCAUCAGGGGGCUGUGCUCGCUGGUGGAUAAAUACGUUGAUUCUCUUACGACCAGUUCUGUGGCGCUUCUAGACGAGUUUGCAGACAGGGUGUAUCAGGAGCUAAACUACGUGCAAGAGGCCCGCAACGCCCGGCGUUUUCGGCAGCUGUACGGCAAUCAGAAUGGGGUGUAUGUGCCGCAGAUCGUGUGGCGCAACACAUCGUGCCGAGUGCUGUGCAUGGAGUGGGUGGAUGGGGUGAAGCUGAGUGAUGCAGCGAGCAUGAGGCGGAACAACCUUGAUGUGAUUGACCUCGUGGACAUCGGCAUUCAGUGCUCCCUCAGGCAGUUGCUAGAGUUCGGUUACUUCCAUGCGGACCCCCAUCCCGGCAACCUGCUUGCCAUGUCUGACGGCCGUCUGGCCUUCCUUGACUUUGGCAUGAUGAGUGAGACGCCCCCUCGAGCCCGAUUCGCCAUCAUAGGUCACGUGGUGCAUCUGGUGAACCGGGACUAUGAGGCCAUGGCUCGCGAUUAUUAUGAGCUCGACUUCCUAGACCCCUCGGUGGACGUGGCGCCUAUAGUGCCGGCUUUAAGAGGCUUCUUUGAUGACGUGCUGCAGGCGACUGUCAGCGAGCUCAACUUUAAGACCAUAGUGGAUGGGCUGGGAGCAGUGCUCUAUCAGUACCCCUUCAAUGUCCCGGCCUACUACGCACUCAUCCUCCGCUCCCUCACGGUGCUGGAAGGCCUGGCACUCUACUCCGACCCCAACUUCAAG